ACUCCACCAAUUGAUCCAUCCAAUUCAGAGCUCGAUAGACUAAUAAAAGAAUUGACACCAACGAUGGAACGCCAGAAAGAGGUAUCCGUUAGAGAAGCGGAGAGGCGAAAGAAAUACGGAAGAACGACGCCGAGAACUGAACCUACCGUUGCUAUGUUAGCCACACUGAAUCGACGGAGGAACAAGUACUUAAACUACAAGAGGAAACGGGAGACGAAGACUCUGACGUCAAUAUAUGUGAGUCAGGCAACAGUACACGGUUGGGAUGCUGUCGAAUCCGAAGAACUAGGGGACGUUGAUACUGUCUACUGUAACGCCAAAUUGACGACACCUAUACUUACAUGA